GGCAGGAUAAAUUUUCUAAUCUUGUUUGGCCAAGCCCAGCCCCGCUCAUUGUACAAAAAAAAAUUGAUAAAUCGAGCGGUUCCUGUUUUGCAAUCAAUACAAGAGAUAAGAACAAUGCAACAAAUAAACUUCUUAUUUGCAGAAUGGCUUCUGCUAUAAACUUACCCGUUUUAUCCCUCUGUAAACCCCCCAAAUUUAUCAUCUCUUCAACGCGCUUUUCCCAACGUGAUUAUCAAUUAAGCAGCGUCCGAACAAGCAUUGAAUCAAAAAGUUACAGAAAGAGAUCGGUAACCGUCUCUGUGUUGCCACUGGGCGUUGAUCCAUGGGCACCUUCCAUUGAUUCACAGAGUAUCGCUUCUCAACUAUUCGCGUUUUCUUUGUUCCCUUACAUUGGUUUCUUGUACUUUCUUACCAAAUCCAAAACUUCCCCUAACCUCACACUCUUCGGUUUCUACUUUCUGCUUGCGUUUGUUGGUGCUACAAUUCCAGCUGGAAUUUAUGCUAAGGUACAUUAUGGAACUUCUUUGUCCAAUGUGGAUUGGUUACAUGGUGGAGCUGAGUCCCUUCUCACUCUCACUAACUUGUUCAUUGUGUUGGGUUUGAGAGAUGGCAUCAGAAAAGCUGGAAAUUCGGAGGAAAACAUGCCCACUCCCGACCCAGGAUUGAAUGAGGAGAAGUAACCUAAGAUGAAGUCUUCAGUCAGUUCUCUUUGAUGCUGUAUGAAAAGUGAUUUAACUCACUUUAGGUAAUGGCUCUCAUUAUUUUGUAAUGAUUGUGAUGCUCUUGUACUAAAGAUGCGAGGUGUAUAGAUUGUACCAAUGUAAAUUCGGAGUAACUAAUUUGAAAAUAAAAACUGCUAAAUGCUGAAA